AUGUUAGAGAAUUUUGACUACAUGGAUUUUAUUCAUUGUACUCCAUUAUAUGAUGACAUUGAAUGGGAUCCAGUACUUGCAGCUUUGCAAGUCGAUACCAAAAUUAAUAAAGCUCAUGAUGCUAUUCCUGUUCCUCCGAAUGAGACAAAUCCUGCCAGUGAAAAUCUACAGAAAAUGGUACCAAUUCCCCAACCACGCGCCUUGGAAGGUGGCUCGGUGCCCGAUUUUCAAGUUGUUAGGCCAGUGUUUCCCAACCAAGAAGCUGUUGCUAGUGAAAAUUUGCUAGCACCAGAACCGUACCCUAUAGCAGCAGCCACAGAAAAUAGCCCUGAACAUUAA